CCAAACAGGAGGAACAGUACACGCAACUGGCAGUUGAUCCAUCAACAAAUAGCACUCAAGUGUCAGAGCAGUCGUACGCAACAACAACAAUGCAUAGCAAGCGAAUACCACUGAUACGCAAUUGGAAGCCCCAUCAGUUACUUCACUCAACUCCUAACCGCUGAGCAUCAUUUGAGUUAAUCUUUCAUUCACCAGUGGCAGUAGGAACGCUUCUGCUUUGCUUAGAGCUCAGUUUGCUGUAGUCAACGGGCGCGCUCAGUACCUCCCAGUGUAAUUGGAAGUAGCCACAACCACCUACUAUUUGAUUAAAGGUGACAAGCAAAUUAUUUGAGUAAAAUCAACACGAAAAAAAUACAUAUUUUUGUGGCUGGAGGUUAUUUGUGGUGGUGAGAAGGACGAAUGAAUGAAUACGUUCAUGCGAUAUCGCUCAAGUGUUUAUUGAAUGGGUCAAAAAAAUAGCAUACAUAUGUACAAGUAAAUAUAUAAGAAAAUAAAAAAAGUUUGAGGCAAAACAUUCAAGUUAAUAAAUUAAAAAAAAAGAAACCGCACAAGAGUAAAAUUAGUAUAGCAAAGAAGUGGCAAAACUCCAUUAUCGCACAACGCCUUCGUGAGUGCAGCUGAAAUCGCGGCUCCAAAAGGCGGAAGUAAUACUGUGUAGAACAAAUUACGACUUUUUGGCAGCAGCCUGCAAACAAAUACACAAGCAAUCAAGAAAGUAGUAAAAAGUGAAAAAGUAUUAUCAAAAAGUGAUAAAAAACCGAAACAACAGAGGCAGCAAAACAGUAGCAGACGAACUUUAAAAUGGGUCAGGAGGAUCAAGAGGUGUUGAUACGGGGCGGCAAGGCCACCAGCACAUCGGUCGAAAGUUUGAAUAAUAAUAAUGUGCAGUCCUUCGAGCAAUCUUCAAUAAAUCAAGGGUUUAGCAAAAAUUAUGGUACACUCACACCGCUACCGCCCACGCUCACUGAGGAUAAUCUCACUUACUCUUGGUAUAAUUUGGAUGUUUUUGGUGCGGUUAAUCAGCCCGGCUCGGGUUGGAAGCAGCUGUUAAAUCGAGUGCGAGGUGUUUUCUGCAAUGAGCGUCAUAUACCCGCGCCACGCAAACAUCUCUUAAAAAACGUCUCUGGCGUCGCCUACCCCGGCGAAUUGCUUGCAGUCAUGGGCAGCUCGGGCGCCGGCAAAACUACACUUCUCAACGCACUCGCUUUUCGUUCAUCAAAAGGCGUUCAAAUAUCGCCAUCUAGUGUACGCAUGCUGAACGGUCAUCCCAUUGAUGCCAAGGAAAUGCAAGCACGUUGUGCUUAUGUCCAGCAAGAUGAUCUAUUCAUUGGUUCGCUCACUGCACGUGAGCAUCUUAUUUUCCAUGCAAUGGUGCGUAUGCCACGGCAUACGACACAGAAGCAGAAGGUACAACGGGUUGAUCAGGUUAUACAAGAUCUCUCGCUGGGUAAAUGCCAGAAUACGCUGAUUGGUGUGCCAGGCCGUGUGAAAGGUUUAUCUGGUGGCGAACGCAAGCGACUAGCGUUUGCAUCGGAGGCGUUAACAGAUCCACCACUGCUGAUUUGUGACGAACCAACUUCGGGCUUAGACUCAUUCAUGGCUCACAGCGUCGUACAGGUACUCAAGAAGUUAUCGCAGAAAGGGAAAACCGUCAUAUUGACCAUACAUCAACCAUCGUCCGAAUUGUUUGAACUGUUCGAUAAGAUCUUAUUGAUGGCGGAUGGGAGGGUGGCCUUUUUGGGAACGCCUGGUGAAGCGGUGGAUUUUUUCUCAUACAUUGGCGCUCAAUGUCCCACCAAUUACAACCCAGCUGACUUUUACGUACAAGUUUUAGCCGUAGUACCAGGUCGGGAAGCAGAAUCAAGGGACCGUAUAGCUAAAAUUUGUGACAAUUUCGCAGUCGGCAAGGUGUCUCGCGAAAUGGAGCAGAAUUUUCAGAAAUUGGUGAAAUCCAAUGGCUUACCCAUAGAGGACGAUAAUGGAUUUACGUACAAAGCCUCCUGGUUCAUGCAAUUUCGUGCGGUACUUUGGCGCUCCUGGCUAUCCGUUUUAAAAGAACCGUUAUUGGUGAAAGUGCGUUUAUUACAAACGACGAUGGUUGCUAUUCUUAUUGGCCUGAUCUUUAUGGGACAACAACUAACUCAAGUCGGCGUUAUGAAUAUUAACGGUGCAAUAUUCUUGUUUUUGACUAAUAUGACUUUUCAGAACGCUUUCGCUACCAUAACUGUCUUCACAUCUGAGCUGCCGGUCUUCAUGCGUGAGACGCGUGGUCGCCUUUACCGCUGCGACACAUACUUCCUUGGUAAAACAAUUGCCGAACUGCCACUCUUCUUAAUUGUCCCGUUACUCUUCACUGCCAUCGCAUAUCCAUUGAUUGGCCUACGUCCUGGUAUUGAUCAUUUCCUCACUGCGCUGGCUCUUGUCACUUUAGUAGCCAAUGUUUCAACAUCAUUUGGGUAUUUGAUUUCCUGCGCUUGCUCAUCAACAUCGAUGGCCCUAUCGGUGGGUCCACCAGUUAUUAUUCCGUUUCUUCUUUUCGGUGGCUUCUUUUUAAACUCUGGCUCCGUGCCGGCGUACUUCAAGUGGUUAUCAUAUUUGUCAUGGUUCCGUUAUGCCAAUGAGGGAUUACUAAUCAAUCAGUGGGCGGAUGUGAAGCCGGGUGAAAUCACUUGCAGUUUGUCCAACACCACUUGCCCGAGCUCGGGCGAAGUUAUAUUGGAGACGUUGAAUUUUUCGGCGAGUGAUCUGCCCUUCGAUUUCAUUGGAUUAGCUCUGUUAAUUUUGGGCUUCCGAAUAUCCGCGUAUAUAGCGUUAACUUUCCGUACGCGACGUAAAGAGUGAGGGGAGCAUAGAUAAGAAUUGUGUUGGGUUAAAACUUUUUUCUGUUUAAAUAUUUAGUUUUGUAUGCAUAUUUUCUUAUAAUAAAUUAAUAAU